UUGGUCAAUUUGUUUGUUUUUAGGAACAUAAAUGUAUAUUGUUCCUAAGGAGGGAUAUAGAUAUAAAUUGACUAAAAUUGAGUUGAGAAUGUUUUAGGAAAUUAGGAGUAGUGACUUAUAUAUGGGAACUGCAUUGGGGAUCUGAGGGGGAUCAUAAAUGAAGGUUAUGAUAGUGGAGGGGUGUUAUUUCUAGAAACUAUGUAUAUUAUUAGAGAAGAUACCUCACAGAAAAGGAAGGACAGCUGGCUGUGAAAAAUGUAGAAAUAUAAAAUAUAGAGACAAUUCUAAAAAGAAAAUGUAACAUUAUACAGAUUAUGGUAAAAGUAAUAAGUGGUGGAAUUCUGAACAUUAUAGCAAAAGUUUAAGAAACUUAUAACUGAGUUUUGUUAGGAUUGGAUAUUCUUCCAACUGGAAGACACUUGACUGAUUACAUGUUAUUCUUACAGCAGUUGCUGUAGGGACCAUAAUUCGGCUAUCAUUAUGUAUAACUAUAUCAAUGGCAGGAGGCAGGGUAUUUGAGACAGAAUGUUUACUACAGAGGGCUGUUAUUUAGAUAUUACAAAUCCGUGAUCUUGCUAUAAGAAGAAAGUCUCUUGUCAGGAAAUAACCCAUGUGUUAGUGUGUAUGUCCUCAGAAAAAGAAAACAGCACUCAAGAGGCCAGAUGGAAGGGCAUGGGCUGAAUUCUGGAGACUGAGUGUACACAAAGAUACACCAGGCUGGAGGUAUACCAUACAGCACCUGCAAUGGUAAAGAUCGCUAUGGCUCUCUUCGGUGGGUGAAUAAUUCUCACAAAACGUAAGGUCCAGCUGAAUAAUGGGUGAGCUUGAAAACACCAUGACAGAGGAACCAAGUUAGAGAGAAAGACUAGAUUCCACUGUAAACAUACUGGGUUUGGUUUGGGAGCUACUUGUUUUAUUUGUUAAUGCAUCAUGAUGUGAAAAAGGAUAGAUGUUAGGGUACUCUAGACAACAUGUUGAAGUCAUUGAUGUGAAAGCAUAUACAGUGUUAAAUUACUUCAAAAAGAGAAAUUGUUGAUUAAGGAUAUGCAUAUGCUUAUCAGUUGAAAUGGAGCAGAUGGAAACAAAAUUUAAAAAAUAAAUAAAUGAAAUAAAAAUGACAUGAUUUGGGAACACCUCUCAGAACCUGGGGCCGAAAGAGGAAGACUGGAUAAAAGCAAGAGGAAGCUUAUUAGAGCUUUUAUUUUUGUGGAGUCCAGCAGAAAAGCAUCCUGGAGGCAUAGAGUCAGGUGAAGAGAGAGUGGGAAUUGUCAUGGUCUCAGAUUUCGGUAUUCGUGAAUAUAUUUAUGCAAAACACAUAACAUUGUCAAUACUGUUAUGUUCUGUACUUUGCUUUCCAAGUCGUAUGUUUAGGAACCUGAACCAGGACGAGAGGUUCCACGUCUGAUGAUCCAAGGGGACCAGAGGGGCCUUGUCCAGGUGAUACCAGGAGAUCUGGUCUACAUUUGAGUGUUCCGGAAAAAGUGGGAUCAGCCAAGGAGAAAAGGACCCAACGAAGUGGCCAGAGCAACAAGAACGACCGUCCAAGUGAAAGGAAGUCCAACGUGGUACCAUCUGAACCACUGCACCAGAGUCCCAUCAGAAACAAGGAGACAACCGCACAGCGAUAAGAACACCGAGGAUGCUGAUUCAACAAGCGGAAGCCCGGAAGGAGCAGGAGCAGCAGAGAAGAUUGAGACGCCGGGGAGGAGCCAAGAAACCAGCAGACCAAGUGGAAGCCAGGAUACGACAAAUGCACUGUCUGCUGCACUCAGAAAAGGACGAAGAAGAAACAACACUGGAGAAAAUACCUGCAAACAAUCAAUAUUCUCUCCAGUGGGGCCAGAGAGUCCAGGGUUGGGGGAAAAUAACAGGCCUGCUACUCCUAAUGACAUACAUGUUGAGGCAGACCUCCCUGACAGAAGCCCUCCACAGUGGGACCCCGAAAUACCACCUACAGAAUGGGAACAACUCUUCCCUGAAAUCGAUGCCUAUCCAGAUGGAAGCCCAGUCCAGUCAAAGGAGGGAGCUCCAGGGGAAGGAACAGAAAGGGAGACCCCACAAGAAGGAGGAGAAGGAAGAGUCUCGCAGGCUGAAGAAGAGGAGGAUUUCCCCAAAAUUGACUUUUCAACUCUUGAAUGGUCCCCGUAACAGACAAUUGAAGAUAGAACAACAAAAUAAUAAUGACAUUGCCAUGACAAGAGCAACAGUAAACACUGAAACAGGAGAACAGAAGUCAAUCUCAAUCAAGAGGAUCAAACCUCUGCCUGAGACUACAUUCUGUGGAUGGACACAUCAUCAGACAAAGGGAGAAGUCAUCUGGGACCCGAAAGGAUGUGGCCUGACGGUAACCAAAAAAGAAGAUGAGUGGUUGCUUACCUUGAAUAAGAUCGAACAUGUUGAAGGUGAAGAAUUUAUAGUUGAAAUAGCAAGAACAAGGUUAACUGAAGGAAGUAGUGUAACUGUUAUUAGAAUUGGUCCUACGCCAAUACCUGAACAGGAGGAGCCUGUGACAACCAGAACAAUGACAACAACAGUGGCAGCUGUUACAAAGACUACGGUAGUCACCACUAGGCUAAUGUCUACUGCUCCUACCAAGCAGUCCACUGUACCCACAAAGAAACCUGAAGCAUCAGGGUCAGGAGGUUUUUUACUGACAUUUGGAACUUUCUAGCAAACUCUAACAAUCUACCUCGAGAAAAGGACAUUGCGAUUCCAACUGAGACUGUAACUCCAACUGAUACUUUAACCCUAGAACUGCACAAGGACAAAUCAUUAAAGAUAUUAGUAAAAAAUGAAUGGUAUGAAUGGGCUCAAUAUACAGCAUUAAAAUUAAAACUGACAAAUUGCUUAUUAUGUGCACCCUCUCCGCUGACAGAAUUAGUGGUGGUACCUAAUCCUUAUGAUUAUAGGGACUGUGCUGACUUUAAUAGGAACUUUUGUCAUUUGAGUAGAUCAGAAAGGCUGAAUGUUUGUCAUAUUUGGGUAAUCCAUCCUAUCAAAGAUAUUACAAGCAAGCUGGCUGGGGAAAAUGGUGUCAAGAAUUGGAUAUACGGGUAGAACCACAAAAGUUAGAGGCCCCAUAUAAAUAUCAAAUAGAUUAUCAACAACCGUAUGAAUGUUUUAACAGCACGAAAAGACAGAAUGAGAUGGGAAAGUUUAAAGGUAAAUGUGGGAUCACAUGGCACUUAACUAAGGACACCAAUUAGAAUGCAGACACUCCAGUAAGGGCUAUUUAUCAAGCAGCUGGUAGUUGGGAGGGAAAAGUAUUUGUUCAUGACGAUUGUCAAAAUCAAACUCUAGCGCUACCAUUAAUUGCACCGUAUGAAGAACAGACUAUGAUAGUGGCAGAUUUCUUCUGGGUAUGUGGAGGGCAAAGGUUAAGGGCAACAUUACCAAAUGAAUGGACAGGCCUUUGUACAAGAGUGAGUUAGGUUGAUUCAACAGAUAAGUGUCACUGAAUGGGAUCCUGGUGAGUCUAAGCAAAAUACAAAAAAUAGAGUAAGGAGGGAAUAUAAAUCUGACCCCAAGGUCUAUUUAGAUGCAAUAGGACAACCUAGAGGAGUUCCUAUUGGCUGUCGGAGGACCUCUAGACUGUUCCUUUGGUAAUCCUAAUUGUCUAUAUGGGGUUACUCCAGGGGGUGGUUAUGCUUGCCAUGGGUUGUGAAAAAUAUAAAUAAAAGAGCACGUAGUCAUCACGCUGUUCCUUUGUUGUGCUAUGUAACAGAAAGGGGAGUCUAUUGUCUGUUAGGAAGCCAAAUGUUUUGUGUUUAUUUUUAAUAUAUAUAUAUCCAUACAUAUAUAUCCUUUUGUUUAAUAAAAGUUAGGUUUGUCUUCUACAAUAAGGAUCAUUGUUAACAUGUUAGGUAACAGAGGGGAUUCCGGUUACGAGUGUCUACGGACCAUGUCCUUAAUCUUCUAACAGGUCUGGUUAUCUUUGAUAAUAGUUGUUAGAGAGGUGUCUGCAAGGGAGGAUCAUGUUAAGAUGUUUUAUUUUAGAAUGAUGUCAUAUUGCAUUUAUUUGUACAAACUGCAGGAAGUUUAUUUUAACAGAACCAUAUUCAUUGUAUUAUUUUCUCUCAAUUCUACAUAACUGAGAUAACCUUAGGCAAGGCUAUGUACUACAUGCUCAUUGCUUUUUCACAGUAUAUUCAUUUAUUGAAAGUGCUUUAUUUUUGUUUCCAACUGUAUCUUUUACUCCUAUUUGUGUUAUUGAUUGGAGAAGUUUGGUCCAGUUGGGAUGUGACAUAUUCAUAUUCAUUUCAUCUUCUAUUUGUAUGUAUAUAGUUGAUGUUAGUUUUGCCUUCAUCCUUCUUGGUGUUCUUUAAAGGGUUUUUAUGUGAGACUGUUCAGUCUCAGAGGGGGAAUUAUGUUGGAGCGAACCAUUGAGAGGCUGAAGUAGCAAGCACAUGCACAUUAAGAGAAGAUGAUAUCCAGGCCAUAUGACACCCAGACCAUACUCUAUUUAUGUAGGAAUACAUUAACCAAGACCAUACGUGCAUUCAUGACAGCUGAACAUGCUGUGGUCAGCAGGGUGCAGGAAUAAAGAUGUAGGCAGGAUGACUGAUGACUAACAUGUAAAACAUAGGCAUGCAGUAUAUACAUUAUUUUUAGAACAUGGAAAGAGUUCUGCCAUCGUUGUUACCAAAACCGGAUACUAAGGGGGAGUGACUUUGUGUACAUAUGUGAUGUACACCAAUACUAUGUAUGUAUAAAAGCAGAGCCAGUGCUAAGAAGCAGCGGCUUUCCCGCGGACCAGCACGGCUUUAAUAACUUGCAUUAAAGUCUACAUUGAAUUCAA